CGUGGCUAUUACUUUAAACGCAACGUUUUAGGCAUGCAAAGGAAAACAGAAGUUUGACUUUAGACUUUAGACUUUAGGCAAGGCCUAACAGCUCAAGUUGCAUUAUAGUUUGAUCAUUGAUGCGAGUGAGAGAGAUAUCCGAUUUAAAUUUAUAUACUAGAGUGCAAAUAUGGAUUAAACAUGUUCACUUUAAAUUUCUAAAAGUUACAUACACACUACAUCUACUUUUGAUUAACAAUUGUUUGUUCUAGCUUGAUAUGGGUUCGGAUUAAACUACAAAUAUCGUUGAAUUGUCAUUUCGUUCAGUGGUCUUAUAUUAAGUCUACUAGGUCAUACUAUAUAUAUUUUUAUUUAGACAACCAGUGCUUGAAUACAUGUAUUCAGCCGUCAUAUAUGUUCGUGUAUGAGGAGUGUAUCUCGAUACAAUUUAUUUGAGCAAUUUACAAACCUUACUUCAUAAUAACUGCAUGAGAGUUGGCCAUCUUAUGAAGAAAAAUAUUUGACUUUUAAACCUCUUAUAAAUUCACAAUCGAACUCAUCAAUCCCCAACGCAACACACCACAUCCUCUCUAUCCUUAAAGGUUCCACACCAUAAGAUUCAAGGAUGGAGAUCUCAAAAACCUCAUUGGCAGUGAUAAUUAUCUCGGUAGCUUCUUGUUUAUUACAGGUCAAGGCUUGGCAUGGCCAGACUUAUUGUGGUGGCAACGCACAUCCUCGAUGCCAGCUCCAGUACAUCGACUGUCCUGAUGAGUGCCCUACCGACUUUGAUUCUUACUCUCAGAAGAAACUUUGUUGGGUUGACUGUUUUAAUCCUCUUUGCAUGGCCGUGUGUCGCGGGGUAAAGCCCAACUGCGAAUCCUAUGGAGCGGUUUGUCUAGACCCGAGGUUUAUAGGUGGUGAUGGUAUUGUGUUCUACUUCCAUGGAAAGAGCAAUGAACACUUCAGCCUCGUAUCUGACCAUGAUGUUCAGAUCAAUGCUAGGUUCACUGGACAUAGACCCGUUGGUCGCAGCAGAGAUUUCACAUGGAUCCAAGCUCUCGGCUUCCUCUUCAACACCCACAAGUUCUCACUUGAGACCACCAAAGUCGCCACUUGGGACAGCGAAGUCGACCAUCUCAUGUUCACUAUUGAUGGACAAGAUUUGGUUAUCCCUGAAAAACCUUUAUUCACUUGGUACUCAUCCGACAAAGAGAUCAAGAUUGAGAGACUUACACAAAAGAACAGUGUGAUUGUCACGAUCAAAGACAAAACUGAGAUCAUGGUCAAAGUGGUUCCAGUGACCAAAGAAGACGAUAGAAUCCACAACUACAAACUACCUAAAGAUGACUGUUUUGCCCAUUUUGAAGUCCAGUUCAAGUUCAUAAAUCUGUCCCCGAAAGUUGAUGGAAUCUUGGGACGCACCUACAGACCCGAUUUCAAGAAUCCGGCUAAGCCAGGAGUCGCAAUGCCAGUGGUGGGAGGUGAGGAUAGCUUCAGGACAUCUUCUCUGCUCUCUCAUGAUUGCAAGACUUGUUUAUUUUCUGAAGAAAUGGCUGUUGAUAGUGGCUCUGUCAAGGUGAAAAGCGACUACACAUUGUUAGAUUGCACCCGCGGGGCGUCUUCGGGUUAUGGAAUCGUCUGCCGGAAGUAGUUAACGUCCAAACUUAAUUUGCAAAGACAAUGAAAAAGAUCAUAGUAAAAAAGAAGUACUAUAAGUUGCUUUAUUUUGUGUAAUACUAUAUUAUGUGAUAAUUUUGUUCCUUCGUCAAAAUAAGAAGAGUACUAAGCUAACUGAGAACCAAAUAAUGAAGAAAGUAAUUGUAACUCUGUUGUUAUUUACGUCGAUCAAAUAAAACUGCGAUGGACCAAUUAUGAAAAUUCUAAACACAUUGAACUCACAAACUCCCUAGUGUGGAAACAUUUUAACCAUUUGACCAAUUAAUAGAUAAAAAGGUUUCCUAGCAUUGAGGUUAUGAAUGAUGACCGCGUACAAAGCAGAAUGCAAGACUACAUAGCCAUCUAUCGGUAAGCAAAAAUGCAUUGUAGUUACUGGUAUGCUACAUCCGUUUUGUUCCAUAUGCUGUAAUAAUUUAGAGCCAUAUAUUGCUUAUCUUUUAUAUGAACACUAACUUCAAAAACAAACUUAAUUUAGGAUAUAAAAAGAGGUUUUCCAUACGUUUAGAUCUGGAUACAAUGUUAAUUCAGUGCUUCUAUGUAAUGACCGAGAAGUGUGGAUCAUGCUCGUGUUAACCAGUGAACGUAACUUCUAAAGACGUUUUUCAUUCUUUUUUCUCAACUCUCAAGUUUGCUACUCUCUUUGUUUCAAUACUCCUAUCGUUAUAAAAACUUUCACACAGAUUAAUGCACCAAGUAUAAUAUCUUUUUUAUCCUUCAUUAAUUGAUUAUUUUGUAUAAUUAAGUACACGAAAUGGAGUGAAUAAAAGGGUAAACAUAGUAUUUUGUCACUAUAAUUUGCAUUGGUUUUCGGAAAAUGUCAAUUAUAUUGAGACAAAUUUUUUUGACCAAAAUGUCUUUUAAAACUGAACGGAGGGAAUAUGAUACAUAUUUUAAAUUUUUCACACAUAUUAAUAAAAUAUGUAGUAAAUACCUAAUUUUCUGCGAUUAUCUUUUUUUUUUUAAUUCUAAAAUUUAAUAAGUGUAAUUAAAUUUUUUAAAAUUUGUAAUUAAUCAUUAUUAUUUGAUAAAAUAUGCAUUAGAAAAUAUAAAAUGCAUCUUUUUCUUUUUGAAAUAUUUAUUUUUAUAAAAUAUGUAAAUUAAUUUAUGAAACAGAAGAAGUAUUCAAUAUUCACAUACAUUUAAUUUAAAAAUGAGAAAAUUAUUAACUCAUUAAUAUAUACAACUUGAGAAUGUUGAAUGAAUAUGGUAACAAUCUCAAACAACUAUUUUUUAUUUAAGAAUUCUGAUAAUCCAUCAAGGUAUUGUGAUUCCAUUUUCAUUACAUUUCCCUCCCAUCAAAA